AUUUUCACUUCACCCAUGGCCGAUUUUGGUUAUGAUGUUGCCAAUUUGACGGAAAUUGAUCCCAUCUUUGGUACCAUGGAAGAUUUUGAAGCCUUGAUUUCCAAGGCAAAGGCCAUCGGCGUUAAAAUUAUUUUGGAUUUUGUACCCAAUCAUACGAGUGAUGAAUGUGAAUGGUUUAUUAAGUCGGCUGCCCGUGAUCCGGAGUAUAAAGAUUUUUAUGUAUGGCAUCCGGGUAAAAUUGUCAAUGGCGUUCGCCAGCCACCCACGACAUGGAUAAGUGUUUUCCGUGGCAGUAUGUGGACAUGGCAUGAAGGGCGUCAGGAAUACUAUUUGCACCAGUUUCAUGCCAAGCAACCGGAUUUGAAUUAUCGCAAUCCCAAAGUUAUGGAUAUGAUGAAGGACGUCUUCCGUUUCUGGCUGCGUCGUGGCGUCUCUGGUUUCCGUGUUGAUGCUGUGCCUCACACUUUCGAAAUCAGUCCCGAUGCCGAAGGCAAUUAUCCCGAUGAGCCUCGCAAUCCCAAUGUCAACGAUCCCGAAGAUUAUGAAUAUUAUCAACAUAUCUAUACCACCAAUCAACCCGAAACCAUUGAUAUGGUCUAUCAAUUCCGUCAGGUGCUCGAAGAAAUGGAUCAAGAAUUGGGUGGUGAUGAUCGCAUUAUUAUGACCGAAGCCUAUGCUCCGUUGGAUGUGAUUAUGCAAUAUUAUGGUAAUAGUACUCAUCAGGGUGCCCAGAUACCCUUCAAUUUCCAAUUGAUCAGUAAUCUGAAUAAACAAUCGAAUGCCUAUCAUUAUGAUGAGCUCAUCAAUACCUGGCUGAGGAAUAUGCCCGAGGGCAAGACAGCCAAUUGGGUGCUUGGUAACCACGACCAAAGUAGAUUCGGCUCUCGCCUGGGUGAGGAUCGCAUUGAUCUCAUCAACACCUUGCUUUUGACCCUGCCCGGUUGCAGCAUCACCUAUAAUGGCGAGGAAAUUGGUAUGACCGAUGUUUGGAUUUCUUGGGAGGAAACCGUCGAUCCUCAGGCCUGUCAAUCUAAUCCUGAAAAUUAUGAACGUUUGACCCGCGAUCCUGUACGUACCCCCUUCCAUUGGAACGAUAAUCGUUUUGCUGGAUUUACUGAAGGUAACACCACAUGGCUACCGGUGGCUGAUAAUUAUGGAACCGUUAAUGUAAAACGUGAGCGUGGUAUCUCCUACAGCCACUUGAAUGUUUACAAGCAGUUGCAAAAUCUGAGAAGAGAACCAACAUUCCAAAAGGGUACGGGUGAUGUUAAGGCUUUGAGUGAAAAUGUUUUGGGUAUUAAGAGAUCCCUUGCUGGCGAAGCUACCUAUGUUGUCCUGCUGAACAUCAAUGACUCUGUAGAGUCUCUGAAUUUACAUAGUGCAUUCUCUGGCCUCUCUAGCUCAAUGGAAUAUGUUGUGGUCACCGAUCGCAGUCCCAGGCGCAAGGGAGAUUUGGCCCACACCGAUUCGAUAACUUUAAUGCCCAAGGAAGCCGUAGUUCUGAAGACUGUUUAAGAGGAUAUUUUUACCGUUAUGA